CGCACGAGACUGUAUGUAUUUGAUCAAAGACGUGUCCAGAAAUUUCUUAACAAGGGCGCAUUGAUCAAAAGACGGGGAGGGGGGUGGUGGAGUCCGGCUAACUUGAAGCCCCCACUUGGUCCAAGGUGGAGCCCUGGUGGGAGAACAGGUGGGAUGGGGUGGGGUGAAGGUAUUGAUUUAUAAAGAAAACUUUUAUAUUUGAGCAUUUUGGUCAUAUUUCUCUUCUUUUUUUUUAAAGGAGGGGGAGGCGUGCGCUUGCUGCUGAGUGUAAAUCUUUACAAAGUUGAAAUAUUAUCUAAAGAAACGAUUCAAACGUAAUUUAUGUUAUUGUUUCGUAGCCUAUAUAUUUCAGAAGAAGGGGGAAAAAGCAUAUACAUGUAUACCCCCCCUUCUUCUGAAUAUAGGUAAGGCAAACUUCCGCCAGGGAGGUCGUUUGCUUACAAACCAAUACGUUUGUGACGUAACAUUAUAAGUGUAGUAAUAUGUAACUAAGGAUGAAUCGGAUGACGUCGCUGCCUAGAAAUUCUUCUAUGACGUCAUAGUAUUCAGGGUAUUGUAUCGAGGAAAUUCGACUUUACACACAUUCGCGAAAACUUUGUCUAGGAUGGACUUUUUUGCUAAGGUAAGUACGAAUUAGGAUUUAAAACUAUUUUUUGAAGAUCACUGCAUACGACUUUUCUGCUAAUUCCACGGUUUUUAUUUUAUUCAUUUUUAUUUUUUAUUUUUACUGACACACCAGAAGCUGGAAAAUUUUUCCGACUUAGAGAGACGUGCUUUGGAGUACCAGAUUGUUACGUUGUAUGCCAGAAAGACGUGCAUCUUGAACAGUAAGACUGGGGAAGUUAAAUUGGUUCAUUAUUUUCCAUACAAUGGCAUCCCCGAUUCACUCCCGGCAAAAGGUGGAGUUACGAAAUCUUUGAGUGAUGGGGCCAUUUCAUAUGCAAUCAGAGGAGUGGAGACAAAAGUUGGAGAUGACGACAACAGCACAAAGGAAGUUUCCAGUCAAACAGAGUUUCCUUACUCCCCUGUUGUGGAAGAGAUUAAAGAGACUGAUGAUACUAAGAUGAAAUGGAAGCACACUGCGAAAAAGAAACAGGUGAAAGUUCCGUCCGUGCACGAGAGCAUCUCAUUAAUGAUCGCGCAAUUUGAAUUAGCAGUGAGAGAGGAAGAAUUGAUGCACGCCAGGGAGAAAGAAUUGAAGCAAUUCAGAGACAAAGAAAUGAAGUACUUAAGAGAGAAAGAAUUGAUGCACGCCAGAGAGAAAGAAUUGAUGCACCCCAGAGAGGAACAACUGAUGCACGCCAGGGAGAAAGAAUUGACAAACCAGAAGACCCAUACCCAUCCCCAGUCAUCAUCUCAACCUAUGUCACAAAUGAAGGCCGAUACUCCGGUUCGUAGACCGUGGUAUAUCCGACUUUUUGUAUGUGGUCACGCCUCAACUGGACAGGAGACCAGAGAACAGAAAAAUGGCAGAGCAGGCAACGGCUUCUUAAGACGUCUCAGAAGAAUCUUCCGCCGAAUUAAAUGAAGACAUUGUUUGAUAUCACAGACGUAAUAUAUUAUAUGAUAUGAU